UUUAUAAUUAAAAAAGUAAAAUUAAGCGAAUCGGGUUUUAUAAUUAUCUCUUUUAAUUCCUUUUAGUCGUUGUAUGUAGUUUUUUUUUUUUUUUUGCUGUGAACAGGAGAUCGGUUGGAAAUGGCUUUUUCAUUCCGUAAUAUCUGUCGAACGGCUUGGAGAACUUACUUCAGAGACAUUUCUAAUAAGAACAUUUCGGUCAAAAAAUACUCCAAAGCAAGCACGUCUGAGAGUACUUUAUUUGAUUCCUUUUAUUCCGAUGAUGAAAGGAAGAAUAUUCUAGAUUGCUUCAACAAAGCAUCAGAAAUAGAAUUGUUAGCCACCAGACAUCUCAACAAAAUCAAAACUUCCUCUGUUAUAUCUCACCGCGAACAAUUUGGUAAUUUUUCAACUUUGAACCAAAUUUCUAAAGUUCCUGGUUUGAGUUUCCUUGAACUGCAGAAAUUAUUCAACACUUUAAGGUCCUUAAAUCAUGAGAAAAUGAAAGAACUGGUGCCUGCUUCCAUGUUAUCUCCAGAAGUUACAAGAAGUCAACCAAACAUGACCAAACAAAUAAGUGAUUCUAUAACAAGUCUUGUAGCCUUAGACAUUCAGACUGAUCGUAUCACAUGGUUGAAAAUGUCUCGAAACCUUGACGUAGUCGACUGGAAUCAAACAAUGAUUUUCAAUAAGCUCUAUAUGAAAUAUGAUGUUACUGCAUACUUUGAAAAGAUUCAUAAUUGCAUUGAAAACCUACCUAAAGCAAGUAUAUACACCCUGGAGAAUAAAACCUACCGCUACCCAAGUCUACGAGUCGUACCAUUUGUUGUCAGCCUACGAACCAUCGAAUCCAUGCUGGUGACCAUGUUGAACCAUAACUACAACGUGGACAAGACUCAUCGUGUUUACACCAUCAGACCGAAUGCCAUUAACAGACUCUUUAACCUGUCCAUCGGGGGUGAACGAGUGAGUGGACAACACAUAUUCAGAGACAUCAUCAACCACAAAAGAACGUACUGUGACCUCGAUGUAAAUAUAUCUAGGCCACUCUCCGACCGCUUCUUCCAGUACGAUACGGUGCAGCAAGAAAAGAUAACCUGUUGUUUACUACAAGCACUAUCAUUUUACAAAUUAAUUAUUCUCAAUAAAUGAAUCUUUGAUUUCCUA